AUGACGGACUCAUCAUUCUCUUCUCGUGAUCAUCGUGUUGAAAUUCAUUUGAAUCCCAAAUCUCAGGACAACAGUGAGCUUCAACAACGCAGUAACUCUCUCGGUGAGCGAAAUGGUGUCUUCAUCAAGAAUGGAGUUGAACAGUUUGAACUAAAGAAUGGUAUAGCUAAGUAUAAUCCAACCCCGGACGUCAGGAUGUCUUCUGCUUUCCAGAAGAAUCAAUUUACCGUCCUGGUGGUAUUGUUCCAGGUGGCGUUUAUGGUGUUAUUCGGACUCUUUGCCAAGUAUGAUGAAAAUACAAUGCCAAACGGUCCUGAAGUCCAACCAAAGAUGAACAGUCAAUAUCCAAUGUUCCAAGAUGUUCAUGUUAUGAUUUUCAUUGGUUUCGGAUUUUUGAUGACUUUCCUUAAACGUUACGGAUUCUCAGCUGUGUCGGUUAAUCUUCUCUUGGCCUGUUUCACCAUCGAAUGGGGAAUGUUGGUUAGAGGAUUCCUCAGCCAUGAAUUCCAACAUGAUGGAAAAUUCUCUAUUGGGCUCGAACAACUUCUAACUGCUGAUUUCGCUGCUGCCGUUGUUCUUAUCUCAAUGGGUGCAAUGCUAGGAAAACUUUCUCCCGUCCAAUAUCUUCUUAUGGCCUUCAUCGAAACCCCAGUCGCUCUCUUCAUUGAACAUCACGUGGUUCAUAGCUUCCAUGUUAAUGAUGUUGGAGGGUCCAUCAUCGUUCACGCUUUCGGAGCUUACUUUGGUCUCGCUUGCUCCAAAGCUUUUGGCAAGAAAGCCCAUCUUGAAAGUGAAAACGAAGGAUCUGUUUAUCACACCGAUAUUUUCGCUAUGAUUGGAGCUAUUUUCCUCUGGGUGUUCUGGCCUUCAUUCAAUGCUGCUGUUGCCGAUCCCGCUGAUGCUCGUCAAAGAGCUGUCGCCAAUACUUUCCUCUCAUUGGUUGCCUGUACCAUCACAACCUUCCUUGUUUCGCAAGCUACCGAACAUCACAAAAAAUUCGACAUGGUUCACAUUGCUAACUCAACCCUCGCUGGAGGAGUUGCCAUUGGAACCACAGCUAAUGUAGUUCUUAGUCCUGUUCACGCAAUGAUUGUUGGAGUCAUUGCUGGAGCUAUUUCCGUUCUUGGAUAUAGAUUUUUCACUCCCUUCCUUAAUGGUAAAGGAUUCCACGAUACCUGUGGUGUCCAUAACCUCCAUGGAAUGCCAGGAGUUCUUGCUGGUCUCUUCUCCGCCGUCUUCGUUCUUUAUUAUGAUCCUGCCUCCUAUGGAAGAAGCUUGAACUCUAUCUACCCUGGACUCAAAAGUAGCAGUAACGAGAAUGGAUUCGACGUUUCCACUCAGGCUCUUCACCAACUUAUUGGACUCGGAAUCGUUCUUGUUGGAGCCAUCGUGUCUGGAGCUAUCACUGGUCUCAUCCUCAGAUUGAAAGUUUGGAACCAAGUUCGUGAUUCUGAGUUGUUUGCUGAUGGAGAUUACUUCGAGACACCUGGAGAUUAUGACUUCAUUACCAGAAUUGUAUCAAAGAUUGAUCACGUUGAGUUCCAGGACUACAAACCAAUUUCUCAAAAAGAACUUUAG